GAUUGAUUUCAGGUUCGACAUCAGUACAACUUUGAAAUUGAUCUGAGCACGGUAUUCAAGCAUGAUGGCACUCCAUUACCCAAUGUUUAUCACCUUGGCAUGCAUAAGCAACGCUGUUGUGGCCUUUACUGUGGGACCUGUUGGAUUGGAAUCCAACCAAGCCUUUGGGACCAAUCUGCACAGCCGUAAGCUCUCUGAUGAGAACACGCCCAUUCUACCAAGUCCCCAAGAUCGCUCAAGAUCAAUUGAUUCCAUCUUGGAUUCGCUGGAAAAGAUCAAGGAUGCGGAGAAGCUGGAAGAGGCGUUGAAUAAGUUGGUGGAGGAAAAUCAUUUGGGCAGACGACGUGCGAUGAAGGCCGGCAAAAACCUGAACCAAAAACCUCAAACCGAGGCUGAGAACCGGGGUUUGCUUCCCCGCAUCAUCAUUUAUUAUAUUCAGCGUGGUGUGAGGCACAUCAUUUCCGGCGAAAAGAUUGCCCACGUUAUCCGCUUUAUCUUCCAUGAGUGUGUUGGUGGUUGUGAUGGUUGCUUAAAUCGGGAUUUGCCUCCUAAUAUGACGCCAAUGUUAGAAACAGUCACGUUAUUGGACCAAUUGUAUGACUCCAGAUUUUACCGCCGAUUCGUAUCAAGGGCAGACUUUUACGUCCUGGCGGCCAUAACUACCUUGGAUAUAGGAGUGAGCAAUGCUAACCAAUGAUGCCCCGCUAAUGGUAGGCAAUGCAUUGACAGGCCACGAAUCCCCUUUCGGUUUGGGAGAAAAGAUUGUGCCACCAGUCCGAUUUCGGCUGAGAGCCGGACAUUCCCGAAAGGCCGAGACGACUUUGACGCUGUGAUGGCCUUCUUUGCCAUCGAAUUUGGAUUGGGCCCCCGCUUGGGCACAGCGCUCUCCGGGGCUCAUACCCUGGGAGGAGCUGCUGGAGCUGCUGGGUCCGGGUUCCUUGGAUUUUGGAAAGAAAACGCAACUGAAGCGGCCAAGUUUGAUGCUAGAUACUUCAGCCUCAUGGCUGACCCAGACCUCAAUUGGAAUCUUGUCAAUGCAGCUCUGCAGACAAAUGCCAACUCCCCAAGAUGGCAAUGGGAAGGGUUCCGAGACAAUGAGCAGGUAUCCUUCAUGCUUAACUCGGAUGUGGCCUUGCUUCUGGACAUUCAGCCAAACGCCGAGGGUCGGAGCUCCUGCAAUUUUGACACUUGUCAGCAAUCCCAGACAGCAAUUCUGGUCAAAAUCUAUGGCCGAUUCCCCAACUUCUGGAUACGAGACUUCUCUGUGGCAUUCACAAGAAUGGUUGAAAACUAGAAGACGCCAUUCAUGGAGCCAGCCGGCAAUGAUCUGGGUGGUGAACUAUCCUAAUCAAGAUAGGAAGAAGACAGAAAAAGAAAACAAGCACCCAAUUUUCAAAUCAUGGUCACUAUGGUUCUGUUGAUGCAUCCAUGAACACAUACUUUAUGAACAAAUUAGAGCACAAUAGGGGUGAUUUGAUUGAACAAAUAAACAUAUUUGCCAUGUCUAUUUAUUUCUAAAUCACCUUCCGGCUAAAUCGACAUUAUACCCGGAGGGUCCUUCUAGUUAACUA